CACUUUGCCGCACCACCCACAGGAGGAGCGUGCGCCCAAUUGAAUCAACGCUCGCCGCCGCUUUUGGAAGCGACGUUCACUUGAGUCCCCGUGGGUACACCGCUCAUUUCUCUCUGUCUUACUCUAUAUACCCACUAGUCCACCUCUGAAAGGUACAGACCCCUAAAGAGGAGAAGAAAACGAAGGGAGGGGAGAAACAGGAGAGACUGCAGUUGGUGCAUGGCAUGAAGACGCGACUGUUGGGGGACCCGGCUGAGCAUGGCACAUUAUGCCAGGAUCUGAACUGAAACGGGGACCAGGUUUGGGCUCUUAGAUAUGGGUGUUAUUAAUAAGAAACCCCUGUGCUUGAUGUCGUUCGGUGUGACGCUUCUGGAUGCGCAAUUCUGGAUGGGAUGAAAUCGCGUAACCGGGGGCCAAAUCUAGGCGCUUAACGUGAGACCACCGAUCUGAGCUCUCCAGAGCUGCGUUAAACCACAUCGUCCGUGUUGAGGGGGCAACCACAGAAAGUUUCGCGAUGGCUCUCGUCAUGGAACCUGUUAGUAAAUGGAGCCCCAGUCAAGUUGUGGACUGGAUGAAAGGUCUAGAUGACUGUUUGCAGCAGUAUAUAAAGAACUUUGAACGGGAGAAGGUAGGAGGUGACCAGCUGCUGAGGAUCACCCAUCAGGAGCUGGAAGAUCUCGGGGUAUCCCGCAUCGGACACCAGGAGCUGAUCCUGGAAGCUGUGGACCUGCUGUGCGCUCUGAACUAUGGGCUGGAGACUGAAAACCUGAAAACUCUCUCUCACAAGCUCAAUGCCUCUGCCAAAAACCUGCAAAACUUUAUCACGGGUCGUAGACGCAGCGGUCAUUAUGACGGCCGGACGACCCGCAAGCUACCCAACGAUUUCCUCACAUCUGUGGUGGACCUCAUCGCUGCUGCAAAGAGCCUUCUGGCCUGGCUGGAUAGGUGUUACUUCUUUUGCAGGUCACCGUUUGCUGCCGUAACAGAUUAUUCCGUGACCAGGAACAACGUCAUCCAGCUGUGCUUGGAGCUCACUACCAUAGUACAGCAGGACUGCACCGUCUAUGAAACCGAAAACAAGAUCCUCCAUGUGUGUAAGACAUUGUCUGGAGUAUGUGACCACAUCAUUUCACUGUCGUCAGACCCCCUGGUCUCUCAGUCGGCACAUCUAGAGGUGGUUCAACUGGCUAAUAUUAAACCUACAGAGGGUCUGGGAAUGUACAUCAAAUCCACAUAUGAUGGUCUUCACGUUAUCACGGGAACCACAGAGGGGUCUCCAGCAGAUCGCUGUAAGAAGAUCCACGCAGGUGAUGAGGUCAUCCAGGUGAACCAUCAGACAGUGGUGGGCUGGCAGUUGAAAAACUUGGUAAGCUCUCUGCGUGGGGACCCUGCCGGUGUGACAUUGACCCUGAAAAAGCGUCCCCAGAGCACGCUCACCUCCGCCCCAGCCCUACUAAAGAACAUGAGAUGGAAGCCCCUGGCCCUGCAGCAGCCAGUCGUUCCCAGGAGUCCAACCAGCAGCUCGGCCACGCCCACGAGCACCAUCAGCACACCCUCCAAACGUGAUAGCUCCGCCCUCCAAGACCUGUAUAUCCCGCCCCCUCCAUCCGAGCCGUACACACCCAGAGAUGAAAAAUGCGGUCUUUCGGGUGAAGGUGGAGUACCUGUCGCAAAAGGGUCAGAAUCGCCAAACUCAUUCCUGGAUCAAGAGUACAGACGACGAUUUCCUCUCAUGGAAGAAGAGGCCGUCCUGUACUGCUACGAGUACGACCCCAACCAUGGACCCACAACGUCCCGUCGAGACAGUACACCCACUUACGGUCGUCUGAGGCCCAUCUCUAUGCCUGUAGAGUAUAACUGGGUUCCUGACUACGAGGACCCAGCUAGAAUGAAGAGGGAAGGUCGGAGAGAAAACUCUCUGUUGCGGUAUGUAAGUGAAGAGAAGGCAGCUGAUCUGGCGGGGCGCAGCAUGAAGAGAGACACGGGAAAACGUGGCAAGAAGAAGAGUGAGAAGAGCGGGAGCCCCACCCACUACGCCCUUCUCCCCACCCUCCAAAUGGAGGUUCUCCGUCAGGAAUCCAUUCACACGCCUAACCCAGACUCCACCUCUCUUUACCAUACAUUCCAGGGAUCUUCUCUGCUCUCCAAGACCAAGAAAAAGAGUAAAGCAGCUCCGCUGUCCUCCAUCAGUAAGAGACGAAUCUCCUGUAAGGACUUAGGUCGUGGAGAUUGUGAGGGUUGGCUGUGGAAGAAGAAGGACGCAAAGAGCUAUUUCUCACAGAAAUGGAAGAAGUACUGGUUUGUUUUAAAGGACGCCUGCUUGUACUGGUACAUGAAUGAAGAGGAUGAGAAGGCCGAAGGGUUUGUCAGCCUCCCUGAGUUCAAAAUCGACAGAGCCAGUGAAUGUCGCAAAAAAUAUGCGUUUAAAGCGUGCCAUCCCAAAAUCAAGAGCUUCUACUUCGCAGCGGACGGUGUGGACGAUAUGAACAGAUGGUUGAGUCGUCUAAACAUGGCGGCUGCCGGCUAUGCAGAACGAGAGCGAAUCCGUCAAGAACAAGCAGACUACUGGAGUGAAAGUGAACAUGAAGAUAAUGAGACGCCCUCGACGCCCAAGCAAGACAGCCCACCGCCCCCUUAUGACACGUACCCACGGCCACCCUCAAACCAGGUGAGUUGUGCCAGUCCUUACCUAGAACCCAAGCACGGCCGCCUCUCAUCCACAGAAACUUCCCAGUCUCGCUCCUCUCACGAGGAGUACCGUUCCGAACCGCAAGGGGGCAGCAGCAGCGGAGGAGGUUCCCCAGCGCGGAAGUCCGCCAGCCAACGGCGCUCAUGGCAGGACCUGAUUGAAACCCCUCUGACCAGCUCAGGCCUCCACUACCUGCAAACCCUGCCCCUGGAGGAUGCUGUGUUCUGCGAGCCAGGGGCAGGUCUUUCUCCGGAAUAUCGCCGCCAAUCUACUCUGCCUGCCCAACGCACACUGAUGCAGGAACAUUACGGUCCCUUUCCAAUGCUCGAAGGGGAGAGGCUCCGAGACCCUGUUAACGCAGCUGGGAAACCCCGCAGCUUCACCUUGCCCCGGGAUAGCGGCCUGCAUGCCCUCCUAACACCCUCAGCCAGCAUGGCAGACCAGCGGGACCCCAGCCGUAGGGAACUCAGCCGUUCACACUGCAUCAAUAACGGCGGGGAACAGGAGUGUCACGGGCAGGCGGAUUCGCUUGGUGAUUUGUACCGGGCGCUGGAGCGUGCCAGUCUGUCGCCUAUUGGUGAGCACCGCCUUUCCACCCGUCUGGAGUACAAACACCUUUUCAUCCGGCGUUGCAACGAUCCACAGCUAAAUGACAAACUGCAUCAUCUCCGCAUCCUGCAGAGCACGCUAAAGGACAGGGAGGGCGAGGUAGCACUGAUUGACAAGCUGCUGGCCAAUCCUAAGCUCACAUCCUCAGAGUUCCAGGAAUGGAAGAAAGUUUACAUGGAGCUGUUUUCAUCAGAGCUGCAGCGGGAACGUCAGCCAAGCCCCGCCUCCGAGCCCAGCCCUGCCGCUACGCCUGAACCCGCCCCUCGCACGCCCUCCCUCUCGCACACACACUCCUACAUCGAGACUCACGUCUGACGCACACAAACACACAGUUCGACCAUGCUAUAUAAAAAUACCGCCACAUUAUUUGAAGUAGUUGUGGCUAACAACUAGUGGACACAGUCUCCAUGGACCUUAGGCUGGACAUUAAAACGCUGAAGUAAGGGUUGAAUUGGUGUUUAUAGACUCUAAUUUGACAUUUUAAUUACGAGGCUGCGAGGAAUAUGUACAGAAUUAACAUUUAGGGAUAUAAUUAUGAAUAAUCAUUUUUGAAUAAUUAAUCUAAAAUUAACUAACGUGUUGUAGAGGGCAUUUCAGAUUACAUGCACAGGGUGCACUUUAAAUUAAUACUGUCAAGUUUGGCUUUAUUAGUCAUUCAUAUUUGUUUGUAUGCAUUUAGGCAAUGCAAGUUAAUUUGUUAUUUUCUUGCUCAAUUAUGAAAUACAGUGUUUAUAAUACAGUGUAAUCGCAUAUAUAUAUAUAUAUAUAUAUAUAUAUAUUUAUAUAUAGAUAUGGUUUUUAUUUGGAUAACACAUGCAUUUAUAUAUAUGCUUUGUUUUUUUGGUUGCCGUGUUUUCUAGGGAUCACAAUAAAUUACUAACCAUCAUAUCAGUAACCAUCAUGUUUUUUUAAUUUAUAGGAUUUAUUUUUUAUGCCUGUAUUUAGAUAGGACAGUGUAGGUAAGACAGGAAGCAAAGUGGGAGAGAGAGAAGGGGUGGGAUCGGGAAAAGUCCAUGAGCCGGGAUUCGAACUCGGGACACCCGCAGCAAAAUGGCACUAUAUGUUGGUACGCUGACCAUGAGGCUAUUGGCACCAAAAAAGGAUAGGAUUUUAAAAUUUAAUUGGAAUGUCAGAUAAAAUUUUCGAUAUAUCAGCCAUUAUUAUAUAUAUUCAUAUAUAAUCUAUUUUUACAUUUGGAUUACCUUUGCUGUCAAUUAAUGCUUACUUAAUGUUAAAAGCUAUUAUUACCUAAUUAAAAACAAAUGUUCUAAUAUCCCUUUUUCAUACUGUACAUUUAUAAUUUUGUGAUCCCUAAAUUCACUUGUAGCAUUUUACAUUAUUUAGUUUUUAGUUUGAUUUUUUUAAUGUAUUUUUUGAUGAAAAAAAUUAUUGGCUUAUUCUAUCAGCCAUAAUUUUAUGAUUUUUUAUAUCGGUUCAUCUCUAGUGCUUUCAAAGUUGAAUUUUAGGGCUGAACAGUCGACACCAAUAUCCCCAACAUUUCAACCUAAUAAACAUACUGUACUUUUAUGCCUCACAGCCUUGUUUUAAUUGAUGCCAAAUUUGAUACAACAUCUUCCCUAAUUAAAGUCUGUAAACACAAAUUCGCUUCUCACUUUUGCUUGUAUCCUGACAGCAAUCGCAGACUACGUGUGCUUUUUGAAUACUUGAAAAACAUUGUUUACGCAGGCACAGAUAGCUGUACAAACAAAGCUCUCGCAAUGACUCGACUCACAACCCACAAGCUUCAGUGCCACUUCUGCACACGGGGUUGCCAUGGUUACCAGUCCUCCAAGCGGCUCAGACAAGGAGAGACAAUGCCGUCGCACCGAGAACAAACCUGGCCCACCGCUAGACAGGAAGCCGAGGUAGAACCAAAGCACUUGAACUUGGAAAUGGAAGCUACGGACUGAACUCUGAGAGGAAAUGCACAUCUGAGGCACUGUUUGAACUCGAAACACACUGACUGGCACUCUGUUGUGCUGCUGUACCUGUGUUCGUCUGUCUUUUUGAAGCAAAUCUCUCAGUGGACACGCAGACGGUCAUCACACAAGUUAUCUGCCAUGUUUAUAUGCUACUUUAGCAUACUAUAUACUCUACUGUAUCAUACUAUAUAUUAUGAUCUGCUGUUAUACAUCGGCUGGCCCCGACUUAUAGCACUUGUACAUUUGUGUGGAAGUUGUGUGCGUGUGCAUGAACAUGGAACACUGAUGUGGUUGUCUCAUCUCACCACAAUCUCCGUAGAGUGUUUGGAUAUACCAAGAAAAGGCCUUUAAAGGAAUAUUCCUGGUUCAAAAACAGUUCAGUUCUAUUGACAGCAUCUUUGGCUUGGUGCCACUUUCCACAGUCAGUCAUUUUGAUUCAACUCGUAGUAAUACUGUUAUGGGGCAAGGCAAUUUUCAGGCAGAAAAGUGCAUCUUGUAUUUGUGUCUCUUAAGUUGUCUAAAUAAUCCUUGUGAGACUUUUCUAGGAGCAGAACUUCUGCUAAUUCCUGAGGGUGGAUUUGUCUCUGUGUGAACAGACCUUUUCUGGUAUACUUGAGCUUGUCUUACGAAAGUUACAAGGUUUAUUGACUUCAAGAGUUAAAAGAUUGGAUAUAAACUUUUACAAGGUUAUUAAAAAUUUUUUACAGUUGUACUUUGUAAAACAUUGUUCUAUUUGGUAUAUUAAAUAUAUUAUAUAUUAUUAUUAUUGUUGUUAUGUAUAUAAUAAAUCAUAAAUCAGCCUAAAUUAGAUCAUAAAUUGUACAUUGUAAUGUUUAAAUUUAAUUUAUUUAAAACAGUAUCCACCUUAUUCACUUGCUGGUUUGCAUUGAAUUCAAAGUUUGUACAUUUGCUUUCAUUUAUUUUUCAAUAUCUGCGGUAAACUAUUGUUGCUUUCAGUAUGGCUUUAAAGGUCAUGCAAAAUGAUAUUCAAACUCAUAUUAGACACUUUUAACUUUGAGAUUAUCACUGUUGUAUGUUGUUGUUCCAGCUAUGACAGCAGAAAUAGAAACCGAUUCUAAAAUAGAAACUUUGGGUGUUGCAGAUGGUUAGUAAUGAUGGUGUUUUAGUGCCACGUAAAAAAAAAAAAAAAAAAAAAAAAGUAAAUUUGUGAAAUUAAUCUCAUAAUAUUUUGAGAAUAAAUUUGAAAUAUUUCAAAAAUAAUGUCGAAAUUACAAGAAUGAAGUCAAAAUAUUUCGAGAAUAAAGUCGAAAUUACGAGAAUAAAAGUUAAAAUGUUUUGAGAAUAAAGUUGACAUGUUUCAAGAAUAAAGUCGAAAUUACGAGAAUAAAGUGGAAAAAUGUUUCAAGUCGAAAUGUUUUGAAAAUAAAGUCAAAAUGACUGGAAUUAAAUCGUAGCAAUUAAAGUUAUAUAUUUUUAGAGUAUAACCUUUGCAUGCAAAUGGCCCAGAUUGGGAGCACCAAGAAGUUGCCAGAUCACUGGAAUUUAUUUAAAAAAUGUGGAAUUAUUAUUAGAAAACAUACCAUGUGCUAUAGUUGCAGGUACAGUAUGCUUUUAAAUAAUAUUUCACGUCUUUGAUUUCAUUCAUUAGGCCUAUUUGUAGUGUGCCAGCCACCCAAUAAUAGCAAUAAGCUUUGUGCUUUUGGUACUUCUAAUAUAAAUAUAGCUUUCAAAAUCUGACAGAUUACAAGAAAUACAAGAAAUGUAUCUUGCAAUAAUGUGUUGUUCACACGCUUUAAUGUGGCGGGACAGAUCGCUGUGUUCAUGUGAAUCAGUCGUCUUUUCAAUUACAGUGAGACAUUUGGAAAUUCCACCACCUAUUCCAAAAAAAAACGUCUGCGGCGUCCAAUCUUUCAUUCCUCACAUGUAUUUAAUUAAAAACAACAAUAAAACAUUCUAAAGGUUGAAAUAGACUUCAACUCGUUAACGUAAGCUAUAUUGUUGUCUUUUCUGAGGUAUACAGUAGUCAACAUUGGAAGUGAAUCAAAACUUUUCAUCAAAAUUUUCAUCCUAAAACCAAAUCAAUACCCGUUCUCGUCUUAGGACAACUUUGAUUAACUUUUUUUGAUCCACUUCAAAUGCUGACUACUGUAUACAGUAAGUGACUAUUCACAAGCUGUUUUAUUUAUGGUAUAAUACAGUAAAUGAUUGGAAAUAACAUUUAAUGUCUUCCAUUCAUUAUUUGUAGCAUGCCAGCCAUCCAGUAAUCGUAAUAAUUUUGUGCUUUGUUGCUUUUAGUAUAACACAACUCAGCUUUUAAAUGCUGUCAGUUUUACGAAAUACAAAUUAUAAAUGUGUUUUUCCUGUUUAGUUCAGGUUCAUAGCACAAUAUAAACAUGAAGGAACAUCAGAAGGAAUAAAAAAACCGUAAUCUUUUUUUUUUUUUUUAACGUGGCAUUAAACGUGUGUCGCUGCAUCACGUUGCGUGUAGUUAGGACACGGUGGAUCUAUGAGUUUUUGCAUUGUAAACAUUAUUUUAACAUAUAUUUUGCUCCAAUGCCUUGUCCCAAUGAGAAACGAGUCAAAAUAAUUGAAUGAGGUAAUUGACAAAAUGCUAAAAUGCUGUUUAUAACGUUCAGCUUGUAUUGAACCUGGAAUAUUUCUGUGCCUGUGCCGUGAGCACUUCUCGACAGAGCGUAACGCCUUGUCAGACUCAGCCUCUGAUAACGGAUGAGCAUUCAGUGAAGUGUGUGGGCUUUGAUUGGUAGAAAAUUGCACAGGCUCCAUUAUCCAGAAGCAGCAUUAUCUCUGUAACUUGAGUCAAAUUAUGGAAGUUCUCUCUUCACGACGGUUUCCUGAUAUUAUGAGGUGAAAUUAUGUGUCUCUUCGCAAAUGCGAGUUCAUAAUCAAAAACAGACUUACACGUGAUGUUCCUAGCGCAAAAAUUUGCAUCCUUGAGUGAGCAGGGACGACACAGUGAUUGUCUGUCCGUGCACAAGGUGUGCCAUUCAUUUUUAAUGCUUAAUCUGAAAGUUUUAUGGACUAUUGUGUACAAUUCAAACAUUUUAGGAAAACUUAAAGAACAGUAUUAUGUUUCAGUAUUGUAUACCUCUGUUUGAAUUCAAGUUUUCCAUUUCUACAAGCUGCCAUGCAGCUGUCCUGCACAGUGCUGCUAGUUUAGGGACGUUUGUGUCAAGACAACAGUGAGUUUUUAUGACAGCCGAGGUCAUCACGACACAUCGCUGGUCUCAGCCCAGGGACUCGCCGCAUGGCUCGGCCGAUCAAAGCUGUUGCCCUGAACUCAACCCAGCAUCUGUCAGAAGCAGCAACUCGACUCCUGAAAUUACAUGUAUGUCAAAGUUCGGGAGGUCGUCCAUCUUUAUAAACUCUCAGAGCAAAAUGUCUCUUGCUGCAUGGCUUGUAGAUACACAACGAUCACAUUUGUUUUUUGUUUUUUUUGGUUUCUAAACCGAAGCUGCCAAAUGAUUUAAUGUCAGUGUUUCAGCUGUCAGGAAGACCGUGCAGACCAAAAAGCACUCAGGCGCUCAGCAAACACAAAGACGCUUUAUGUGAGAUUUUUAAGAACACACUGAAUGUUCAAAAGAGAGUUUAUUGUAUGAUAAGAUGUGUAUUAUAAGAUGUACAUUGAUAUUUCAGGUAUGACUCUGAUGACAUAAUGGAGCACAUUUCAUUCUCUAUGUAAUCUAAGACGAUAUUAGCUUGAUUUUGACUCAGUGAGUGACUCAGGUGCUAAUGUGCCCAUGAGAAUCAUGGGAAUGCAUUAGCUCUUAGAGAAAGUGAUUACCAGUGGAUUUAGAGCUACUAGAAUGAUGUCUAUUGGUAUUUUACUUUAGUAAUAUAUCAGAGUUAUUCUUAAUUUAGUGAAAACCAUGUUAUGUUUCUUUAGCAGCCCAUUUUUUUAACACAAAGUUGUCGUAAAACAAUCUAGUUCAUCAAUAUCUGUGCUGCUGCCUGUCUUUAUUAUGAGUAGGGCAUGUAAUUUGGGCAGUGCAGUUUCCUAUGUGUUGUGUUUAGCGUACAACCUGGUAAAGUUUACUUUAUUUAUUACAUUAUUUAAAAAGAAACUUGUUGCUUUCUCCAGAUUUCAGUGUGGUUAUACCUAGAGUCAAUAAACUUUUAUGGAUGUAAUCAUGCUA